UGAGCAUAUUAUGGUGGCAAGCAACCUGUAGGGGACAUUGACAGAUGGAGUUGUUCUGGAAUCCAUGCCGUUCCCCUUAAAAUAUGAUCAAAUUAGUCGUGUUUGGAAACACACUCCAAGAUUUAUGUAUUUUUGUGCUCGACGGGAGAAGGGAGAAGAGAGAAGAGGGAUACUGUUCUUGGUUUGGUGAUAAGAACAAUACAGCUGUACAGGGAGAGGAGGGAGAAAAAGGAGGGCUUGAUGAUUUCUUCAGACUUCGCAGCGGCAUCGUCUUCCACUUCCUCCUUCUAUGGCUUCUGCACUUAUGCGGCAGGAAUUGCUGGCAAUGUUUUUGCCUUCGUAUUGUUUGUCUCACCAAUGCCAACAUUCAAAAGAAUUGUGCGAAACAAGUCCACCGAGCAGUUCUCAGGCUUGCCCUAUAUAUACUCUCUCUUGAACUGCUUGAUCUGUAUGUGGUAUGGGCUUCCUUGGGUGUCUUAUGGGGUGAUCUUGGUGGCUACCGUCAAUUCUAUCGGUGCUGCUUUUCAAUUAGCCUAUGUCAGUCUCUUCAUCAGAUUUGCAGAUUCUGCAAAAAGGUUGAGGAUGUCCGGACUGCUGAUAGGAGUUUUCUCUGUUUUUGCUCUGAUCAUAUAUGCGAGCCUUGAGUUGUGCGACCACCCGACACGACAAAUAUUUGUUGGGUAUUUAAGUGUUGCUUCACUCAUUUCCAUGUUUGCAUCUCCAUUAUUUAUCAUCAAUUUGGUGAUCAGGACUAGGAGUGUGGAGUUCAUGCCCUUCUAUCUAUCCCUUGCAACCUUCUUGAUGAGCAUCUCUUUCUUUGCGUAUGGGAUGCUAUUGCACGACUUCUUCAUAUAUAUCCCAAAUGGGAUUGGAACAGUUCUGGGGGUAGUACAACUGUUGCUGUAUGCCUAUUACAGUAAAUCUGUAGAAGAGUCUCACUUGCCAUUGGUGGCUUCACACUGAUGUUCUGCCUUGACAAGCUACUUCUGGAUAAAAAAGAUAAAUCAAGCCUUUUGUCGAGGGACAAGUUCUGCCGUCAUGUGCAAAGUCUGAAUGUGAUUGUUGUUUAUUUUGUGUUGUAUUCCAUAAGGGUUUUGAUGUCAGGAAGUUUUGUGUGUGUAUGGUGGGGAUUUUUUUUAAAAAAAGAAGGAAUGUACUUGAUGUAAUAUUAUUCUUUUAACUAUACCAGCUUGGCUGGUCUUCUAAUAAGGUGGAAGUGUCUCUUCAUGGAGACCUCCUUGUGGUCAGUGCAUUAUCUACAUAGAUAAGUGGUCAAGGGUUUGAAUCCCAUUGUAAGAUUCUAGUGCACAGCGGUUAUGUAAUGCUGGUAUUUAGUAAAAUAAAAAGAGGCAGAUGUUCCUCCCAA